GCAGCAGCGGCCGGUGUUUGUGACAUAACCCGGACAAACAGAUCACAUCACACUGUGGAGGUAAACAUGGCGACUGUAGGACCUUUAGGAAGGAUUGCCAGACUGAGCUCCAGCAUCUGCAGGAACCAUCGAUUCAUUAAUAUCAACAGGAGCCCACAGAGACGAGGAAUAGCUUCUUGUGUCGACCCUGCUCAUGGACUCACAGAUGAACAGAAGGAGUUUCAAAAAGUGGCCUUUGACUUUGCAGCCAAUGAAAUGACUCCACACAUGGCAGAGUGGGACCAAAAGGAAAUAUUCCCAGUAGAGACGAUGCGAAAGGCAGCCCAGUUGGGGUUCGGUGGGAUCUACGUUCAGCCGGAUGUCGGAGGAUCGGGUCUUUCUCGGCUGGACACAUCGGUCAUCUUUGAGGCCUUGUCUACAGGAUGUGUCAGCACCACAGCUUACAUCAGUAUCCACAACAUGUGUGCCUGGAUAAUCGACACCUUUGGCAAUACUGAGCAGAGGGAGAAGUUCUGUCCCGAUCUCUGUUCGAUGGAAAAGUUUGCUUCCUAUUGUCUCACUGAACCAGGCAGCGGCAGUGAUGCUGCUUCACUUCUGACCACUGCACAGCUGAAAGGUGACCAGUACAUCUUGAAUGGGUCUAAGGCCUUCAUCAGCGGAGGAGGAGAAACAGACGUCUAUGUUGUGAUGUGCAGAACAGGAGGUAAAGGAGCCAAAGGCAUCUCCUGUUUGGUGGUAGAGAAAGGAACUCCGGGCCUCAAUUUUGGAAAAAAGGAAAAGAAGGUGGGUUGGAACUCGCAGCCGACCAGGGCGGUGAUAUUUGAGGACUGUGCCGUUCCGGUGGCCAACCGGCUCGGCGAGGAAGGACAAGGAUUCAGCAUAGCCAUGAAAGGCCUGAAUGGAGGCAGGAUUAAUAUUGCAUCCUGUUCUCUUGGGGCAGCGCAUGCCAGUGUACAGCUGGCGAGGGAUCAUCUGUUAGUACGCAAGCAGUUUGGAGAAACGCUCUCCAACAACCAGUUUCUUCAGUUCAAACUGGCAGAAAUGGCCACCAAGCUGGUUGCGUCUCGCCUUAUGGUGCGCGAAGCUGCGACGGCGCUGCAGGAGAACCGGCCUGACGCCGUUUCUCUCUGCUCCAUGGCCAAACUCUUUGCCACAGACGAGUGCUUUGAUAUCUGCAACCAGGCUCUCCAGAUGCACGGUGGGUACGGUUACCUCAAAGACUACGCCGUGCAGCAGUUUGUCCGAGACAUCAGAGUACAUCAGAUCCUAGAGGGCACAAAUGAAGUGAUGAGGAUGAUCAUUUCCAGAAAUCUUCUGACAGAGUCAUGAUGAAUCUUCCAGUGACUUCAGUAGUGACCAUAUUGUUAAUGGUCUUCAUCUCUGAUUUGUUACUGUGUGACUGGUUUCCUGAAAUGCCCUCCAGAAGUGUCAAAAGUCAUUGGAGGAUUUGGGGUAAAACCAGUCAGUGAAACGUAGGUUUUUCUAGUAUAAUAUUGGUCCUUUUGUUUCAUUUUUUAGCUACACUGGCAACAUGGAAAUCUAUCAAAUAGUUGUUGAGAUAUUUUAGUCUGGACCAAAGUGGUGGAGCGACUGACCUACCGACAUUGUCAUCCCUAGAGCCAUGAAACUAGCACAGCUAAGAAAACAACUUUUGGUUUAGGUAACUACAUUGAAUUUUCUCUGUCACCAGCUCCAGCAGUGGUAAUAAUGUAAGAAUAGUUUAGAAAAAAAGUUUCAUUUUCCUGUUAAGCUGCUAGUGUGGAUACAAACUUUAAUGUUUUUUCUAUUUAAGAAAAGCUGCUCUUUAAAACGGUCUUUUACAGAAGAGUUUGGGGUUAUUUUUUUUCCAUUGGUGGAAAGGAUUUAACACUCAGUGUUAAUAAAAGAGUGUGGUUACUCUACUGUAUAUCCCACGUCUAUAUCACAUGCAGUCUCAGCAUCUCUGAGCCUAAAGUGGCCUUUUAGAUCAUAUUUAUAUUCAAGGUUACUGUAUUGUUACCCUACAUGACGGGUGUGCUGCCACGGAUAAAAAUAUAUGGGUUGUGUUGUACUGUGAGUUGGGUAUAGGUCGUGUCUAGAAACCCCCAAGUUGCGAGAUGGUUGAGGUUAGGCAAUGACCUCGAAUGGUUUGGGUUAGAGUAGGUCGUCGGACAGCUGUACAGCUUGGGGGUUACCUUCUAGACACAACCUUUUGUAUUGAAAUGUCUCAUUGAAAAUUAUGUCUGCUGAUCACACUCCAAAUAAAAUAAUCUCAGCUUUCAUAAAA